UUCCUUUCUUGCAUCUUGAACAGAAGACUCAUUCCUGUUCGAAAUUCUUCAAUCAAGUUCUCUCUCAACUCUCCCAUGGCGAUUUCUUCGUCCGCCAUGGCUCUUUUCCUCUUCCUUCUCCUGUGCUUUUCCUUCUUUUCGCUGUCUCAUUCCCUCAGAGGCUUUUUUAUCGAUUGCGGCUCCACUUCUCCGACCACUCACGGUGGCCGCACCUGGCAAUCCGAUGACGGCUUCGUCUUUAGUGGAAUCAACAAGAAUGUCACCGGUCCCGUUCUUGACCCUACGCUUUCCACUGUGCGCUCCUUUCCUAGGGUUCUUAAUCGUAAAUUCUGCUAUGUUGUUGGACCGGUUUUUCGUACCCGGAGGUAUAUGGUUAGAACGACUUACUACUAUGGCGGAGUCAACGGCCUUGAUUCGCCGCCGGUUUUCGAUCAGAUUGUUGAUGGGACUGUUUGGAGCAUGGUGAAUACUACUGAGGAUUAUGCUCUGGGAUUGACGUCCUAUUACGAGGGGAUUUUUGAGGCGAAGGCGAGGACGAUGACUGUGUGCAUUGGUUCUAAUAUGUAUACGGAUUCGGACCCUUUUCUUUCUGCCUUGGAGGUUGUGACCUUGGAGAAUUCUCUUUACAAUACGACGGAUUUCAACAACUACGGCUUGCGCUUGGUUGCUAGGCAUAGUUUUGGGUACAACGGAUCUAACUUACGGCAUCCAGACGAUCAAUUUGAUCGAUUUUGGCAACCAUUUGGGAAUAGCAGUGGGAACGUAACCAGUAGAACUGUAUCUGCCUCUGGUAUAUGGAAUCUCCCUCCAUCAAAGAUAUUUGAAACAGAGCUGAAGACUGAUAAACUGGAACCAUUGGAGCUGAACUGGCCUCCUAUUUCUCUUCCAGGACCAGAAAGCAAUUUCACUUAUUACAUUGCGCUGUACUUUGCUAAUGAUCAUGCUUCAUCAUCCGAUAAUUUGAGAGUGUUUAACAUAAGUGUGAAUGGUAUAAAAUAUUACGGCGAUCUAAACGCAUCUUCAGCCGGUCAUGUCGUUUUUGCUAGUCAGUGGCCUCUUCAUGGUCUAACAAAUAUUACGUUGACUCCCUCUCCUCUGUCAAAACUUGGUCCAUUGAUCAACGGUGGGGAACUUUUUCACCUUGUGUCUCUUGGAGAAAGAACUCAUGCAAAAGAUGUUGUCAAUCUGGAGAGAGUAAAAGAAAGUCUGAAAAAUCCACCACCUGAUUGGAAUGGCGAUCCAUGCUUCCCCCAUGAAUAUCGCUGGACAGGAAUUACAUGUUCUGGUGGCUCUCGAAAUCGAGUGGUUACCUUAAACCUUACAAAUAUGGACCUUUCAGGAUCCUUAUCACCAAGCAUUGCCAAUCUUACUGCGUUGUCGGGAAUCUGGCUUGGAAACAACAGUUUGUCUGGAACGAUUCCUGACCUCAGUCCUCUGAAGUUGUUGGAAAUAGUGCAUUUGCAAGAAAAUAAUUUCAGUGGAGAGAUUCCAUUGUCACUUGGAAACAUACCACGCUUGCGGGAACUGUUCUUAUACAACAAUAAUUUGGCCGGUGAAGUUCCUCAAAGUCUUCUUAAUAAACAACUGAAUCUAAGGCUUUUUCCGGGGAACCAUCUGUUGGCGCCACCACCUCCUGCUUAGCAAUUUGUUUUUUAUAUUUUUUUUUUCUUACCCUAAAGGGUAAAUGUAAAGCUUAUUGUUUACUCGUGUAUAGUACUGUUCGGGUAAACAUUUUGGCCUGUAAGUUCUUCAAGGAAAUUGUGACAUACCAUUUUGUGCCAUAUCCUUCUUUAUUGUAAACUGUAUAAGCUAACAUGCCUGGAUGGUCCAAGCGACUUUAUUCUUUGAUUUAUUGUCCAUGUAUUGAAGGACCAAGAUUACUAUUCUCCCAUAUGUAAUUGUUCUUGUUAAUAA